AUGGUGAAUAUCCUCUCACCUUUAAUCGGUGGCUACCACUACUGGUGCUGCCUAUGCCCCCGGUAUAAUUGUUUACAGGACCCGUCUGCAUAUGCAAAAUCCAACAAUACAAGUCUAGAAAGCGGGUGUGAUAAAAGUUCAACUUUGACACAUUCAUCAACGCUACACAUAGCUGAGCAACUGCGUUCGAGCGAAACGAACAGCGGAAACCUAUCAAGCAUUGCAGCACCAAAGCUAGGCCGAAAUGCGUUGGAGGGCCCUAUCCGCUAUAUUCAAUCGUUGGAUUCAAAGAACGUGCGGUUGCAACUGAUCGAUGCAUUCAACCUAUGGCUGGGCCUCCCAAAUCUAGCGCUGAAUACAAUCAAGGAGAUUGUGAAUGAUCUUCAUAAUUCGUCCCUCAUCCUCGAUGAUAUCCAGGAUGGAUCAUCGCUCCGUCGCGGAAGUGCAGCCACGCAUACUAUUUUUGGCGAAGCCCAGUCCAUCAAUAGUGCUACAUACAUGUUUGUCCGAGUAGCAAGAAAGGUCCAUGCACUUUCCAAUCCUGCCCUGUUGACAGUUCUGCUCGAGGAGCUGGAAAGACUUUUCCUAGGUCAAAGCUGGGAGCUAAAGUGGAGGUUCACCGUUCAGUGUCCCACUGAAGAAGAAUAUUUGGAGAUGGUCGACCACAAAACUGGCGCUAUGUUCCACAUGCUUCUUCGGCUGAUGCUCAGUCUUGUGCAGGAUGAUGGAUGCCUGAGUCAAAACACGGAGUUUGCCGUCCUGGCGCAGCUUCUGGGUCGAUGGUAUCAAGUACGCGACGAUUAUUUGAACCUCCAGGAAGCAAGUUAUACCAAGAGGAAAGGCUUCUGUGAAGACCUCGAUGAGGGGAAGUUUUCGUAUCCGAUUGUCCGAUGCUGCACAGAUCCAGUACGCAAAGACAUCGUGAUCGGGCUCUUGCACCGAAGAGACACACCAGAAGUCACGAAUCUGUCGGUCGAGAGCAAACUACUGAUAUUAGAGGUCAUGAAAAAGGCCGGAGCAAUACAUGAGACAUGGAGUUUGAUCAUUCAAUUGAAGAAUAAAGUUGAGGAGGAAAUAGGUCGCCUAGAGGCUGUCUUGGGGGAGGCGAAUCCUAUACUUCGGGUGUUGAUUAAAGUACUGGGGAAUAUCCCAAAUCCUGGCAAGCAGUUGUAA